AGUGGAAGCGGACAUCUUUGGGCUUGCGGCGCCUUUCUGGGUUGAGACCCGGGUCUCCCCGGAGAUGGGCUAGAGCACGCGCACUGCCCUGUGCGACAUUGCGAUUGGCGUUAAGCCGACAAGUUUUGGGGGGGCAGGAAAAGUGGUUGUACGGCAGAUCUUCCAAGAUGGCGGUUCCCACCGCCAGGGCGCUGCCAUACUCUGUCACAGUGUCUUUGUCUAAAAGACGUGAAAGCUAAAGGGAAUCUUUGUCGAUCGAAGGUUGGCAGCCUACAGACUCGAAUGCUACGGAAGCUAAACUUGAUCUCCGAGGAGGAACAGCUAAGUUUGUGAAUCAGCUGGUGCACGAAGGAUCUACUUGGGGGGUCCUGGCUUCCUGGGAUAAAAUAGUUCCAAUGAGGGAAGGAACCAAGAUCAACGUUAAUCCUUGACUGGAGACUUCGUACUAGAGCUUCAGGAAGAGCCCAGAAUCAACAAUAGAGCAGAUCCCUAAAGGCUCCAGAAAAUGUCCAAUUCCCAAGGCUCACUGUCAUUCAAGGAUGUGGCUGUGGUUUUCACCUGGGAGGAGUGGCAGCUACUGGACCCCAUUCAGAAGAACCUGUAUCAAGAUGUGAUGUUGGAAAAUUAUAUCAACCUAGUAUCCGUGGAAGAUGCCUGACAAGUUGAUAAUCACAGAGACUGGCACAAAGGAAACCAUGGCAACCUGGAAACUAUGGAAAGUCACCAAAAAGAGAAUGCAUUUGGAAAAAUAUCUUCUCUGAGCUUAAACCUUGAUGUGUCUUUAGCACAAAUAUCUCAUACAUUUGACAUACUUGAGAAACACCUGAAACCCAAUCUACAGUAUAUUAUUCAGAAUAAAGGCCAUUUAAGAAAUGAAGUUGACUUUAACCAAUAUGACAAAUUAUUUCUUUAUACUAAGUAUGAGAAAAUUCAUACUAGACAAAAAUACAGUGAAUUUAAUGGGCAUGUAAAGGCUUUCAGCCAUAAGUCUCAGUUUAUUAAACACUGGAAAAGUCAAACAGCAGAGAAACACUGUAUCAGCAGUGACUGUGGGAAAGCCUUUUCCCAGAAGUCAGACCUCAUUAAGCAUCAUAGAACACACAGAGGAGAGAAACCUUAUGGAUGCAGUAGAUGUCAGAAAGUCUUCAGCCAGAAGUCCCAUCUCAUUCUACACCAGAGAACCCAUACGGAAGAGAAACCUUAUGAAUGUAACAAAUGCGGGAAAGCUUUUACUGAUAAGUCAUGCCUUAAUAAACAUCAGAGAACUCACACAGGAGAGAAACGAUUUGAGUGUCGAGUAUGUCAGACAGGCUUCAGUGAUAAGUCACAACUCACUUUACAUCAAAGGACUCAUACAGGAGAGAAACCCUACAGAUGUGGUGAAUGUCAGAAAAGCUUCAGCAAUAAGUCACAGCUCAUUAUUCACCAGAGAUCUCACACGGGAGAGAAGCCCUAUGGUUGCAAAGAGUGUGGGAAAACAUUUCCCCUUAGGUUUAGUCUCAUUUUACAUCAAAAAACGCAUACAGGGGAAAAACCCUAUGGAUGCAAUGAAUGUGGGAAAGCCUUCAUCCAGAGAUCUGAGCUCGUUAGACAUCAGAGAACUCACACAGGAGAGAAACCUUACAAUUGCAGUGAAUGUGGGAAAGGCUUUAGUGUAAAGUCACUCCUCAAUUCUCACUGGAGAACUCAUACAGGAGAGAAGCCCUAUGGAUGCAAUGAAUGUGGAAAAACAUUCUCCAUCAAAUUUAGUCUCAUCCUACACCAGAGGACUCAUACAGGGGAGAAACCCUAUGAAUGCAGUCAGUGUCAGAAAGCUUUCACUCAAAAGUCACAUCUCACUAUUCAUCAGAGGUCUCACACCGGAGAGAAACCUUAUGAGUGCAGUGAGUGCCACAAGGCCUUCAGCCGGACGUCAUAUCUCCUCAUUCAUCAGAGAAUUCACUCUGGAGAGAAACCUUAUGAGUGCCACGAAUGUGGAAAGACUUUCUCUCACAAGUUUAGCCUCAUCAUUCAUCAGAGAAUCCAUACAGGAGAGAAACCAUAUGGAUGCAGUGAAUGUGGGAAAACUUUUCCUAUCAAGUUUAGCCUUGUGUUACAUCAGCAAACACACACAGGAAAGAAACCCCAUGAAUGCAGCCAAUGUCAGAAGUCUUUUGCCCAGAAGUCACAUCUUAUUAUACAUCAAAGAACUCACACUGGUGAGAAGCCUUAUGGAUAGUCAUGUGGGAAAACUUUCUCCCACAAAUUCAGCCUCCUUUUACAUCAGAAAACUCAUAGAGAGAAGUCAUGAAUAAAAUACAUACCCAAAAGUUGUCAUUGAGAAGGAAUAGCUCAUUACAUCCCAGAGUUUACACAGGAGUGGAACCCUUAGGACAGCAGCAGAUGUGGACAUGUCUUCAGAUUCACACCUUAUUACUGAGAGAAUGGCACUGCAUAGAACGCCAAACAGGAAGGAAUACCUUUCCCAAUAAAUGUCAAUUGAAUGUAACCCAGAGAGAAAUAGAAAGGAACUUCUGUCUAUGUAUUAAUUGUCGGGAUGUUGUUGGUGUGAAAUUCAGCUACACUGGCAUCAGAGAAUUGACAUUCAGGGGAAAAUCCUAUACUUUAAAGGAUAUAGGGGA